AUGAGAAAUCACAUGAAAUCCAAACACCAGUGGACUGAGGAAACACAGCUGUCCAUCACUGCAUUCACGACUGCAGUACCUAAGCAUUGUUUCUGUUAUCAUGCUGUAGGUAACCAGGCUGGGCGACCUGCAGAGAACCUGGAAUCGUCAGGACAGGAGGAACAGAGAAACGGCCUCAGGAAAUCCAGCAAGGACCGAAAAACUGGGCAUGAGGAGUCGUCCCCCUCUGCCACCCCCACUCAGGGAGCACCAGCCAAUGAGAGGACUCACCCCGCAGGGGAACGGCCCAAUGACAGCACCGAUUUAACUGACAAGUGUAAUGUGAAAGCGGAGGGGGAGGGCAGCUCAGGUGAGACUGACACCCCAAAUGCUGCUGCUGAUGCCGCUGCCAACGACCUGGAUUUUGACCUUUCGAGUGACAGCGAAAGCGAGGGUAAAACAGAAUUAUCUGACAGUGAUGGUGAAGGACGGCUGGUGGAUGCUGGGAAAGCCAAACAAAGCCAAUCAAAAACCGAGGAGUGUAAAAGCAAAGAGGAUGGUGAGGAAGGGGACAAACAGAGGACAGAGGGGGACGACGUUCCAGAAACAGAUCCCGAGGGUCUCUGUGAUUUGGGCAACGGCUGUUCUGACAAGAAAGAAGUGGAAACAGAGUCUCAAAACAGCGAGCAGUCAGGCGUCACAAUGGGUGAGGAGUCUUUAGAUCACAGUAUGGACGAUGAGGAAGAGGAAGACAUGGACCAGGAUGACCACCUCAUUUACUUGGAGGAGGUUUUGGUUCGCAUCCACAGUGAGUAUUACUCACGCUACGAGGCCUUCCUAAGUAAAGAGAGUCCAGAGAGUCCAGACAUACGGAAGAUCAUUCCCGAACUGAAGGGCCGUGCGCUGGCGGGCACCACCAUCAUCUUCAGUGGCUUGUAUCCCACCAACUACUCAAUGGAGCGCACGAGGGAGUGGUACCACACCAAGGCGCUGGGUGCCAAGCUUGGCAAGACCCUGGUGCUCAAUGCCAAAGACCCAAACCUCACCACCCACCUUAUUGCUGCACGUGCAGGUACCGAGAAAGUUCGUCAAGCUCAGGGCUGUAAACAUCUCCAUGUGGUGAAUCCUGAUUGGUUGUGGGCCUGUUUGGAGCGCUGGGAGCGAGUCGAGGAGCGACUCUUUCCGCUCAAUGAGGACUAUAACAAAUCACACAGGAGCAAUAGUCCCGCCACGUUUCCAGACAUCCCUGGGUCCGUCCCGAAGCCUCUGUUCCAGGCCCCUCCUGUUCAGCAGAAGCCCCUGCCAGUGCUGGAAAUGCGGACAUAUGACCCCGUCACCGGCAAACUGAUCCGCCGGGGUCCCCAGGCCUCCCGUCCACCCUCUUAUCUGCACUCGCAUGGAUCGUCCAUGUCAGCCAAGGGAGAUCUGUCCAGUCGCAGGUACUUCAUAUGUCUUAAUGCGUUUAUGUUUCUGUAUGGCGCAGUUCAUACUGAUGUUCAUCAAAUUGAGUCACUAAAUGUCAGACUCCGAAUCAUGAAUAUGUCUUAUGGGUCUUUUUUGCAGAUUCUGCACAUUACCCAACAUUUUUUAUUUCUUAAGAGCAAGGGAAUGUAA